CUCCUGCCUCUCCCACCCGGAGCCCAUGGCAGAGGAGAAGACUUUCCGCUACGGGUUCAUCAUCUUGGGGUUCUUCCUGGUGAUGACGGGGAUGUUCAUCAUGAGUGUGGAAAAGCCCCACAUCUACAUCACCUUCUGUGUCCUGGGUGUCCUGCUCGUAGCCGUGGGCAUCACCUGGAGCAUGUGCCAGUGCUACCCAAAGAUAACGUUCAUCCCUGCGGACCUCGAGGCCAAGCAGUUCCUGGACCGCAAACCCAUGGUGCUGCCGCAGAAGGACACCCGCUUGAUUGCCCCCUGCCCCAACCAAGAGGCCACCAGCACCUACGAGACGAGCCUGCCGUCCUAUGACCAGAUCCAGAGGCAGGUGGUCAGCUCAGCUCCACUCCCACCCAUGGCCCAGUCCAGAUCCCGCAGCUGCUCCCAGUCAGCCGUGCAGGCCAAAGCAGAGGUCCACCGGGAGCUGGGGGGUGCUGGAGACCCCCUCCAAGAGCUGGGACCUCAGCUGGAAACAGCAGAAGGCAGCUGCCCCGCCCGGCCAGCCCCGGGGGAUGCUCCGCUGGCAUCCCUGCUGGAGGAGAUGGACACGCCAUCGCUGGAGGGCUCCGUGCCCGGCAGCCCCACGCCACAGAGCCGGACCCUGCCCUCCGCCGCCCGCUCCGGCCGCACCCCGAGCAGCUCCUCGGCGGGGGGAGAGCACCCCGGAUCCCCUCGGAAAGGCCCUGGGGAGCAGGAUGACCUCUACUACGGGCUCCAGGAGGAGCCGGAUGCUCUGCUCAAGGACAGCGACCGCCUUUUUGAGCCUGAAAACUGA